GUGAAGCGGAAGCCAUUACUCUCGGGAGGCGUCCGGAGUGAGACACAUGGGCAAAGGACAGGAACUCAUGCAACAGCUCGGAGAGGCCCGUGAGAGCAGGACGGUAGCUUCCUGGGUCGCCUGGUGCCCUGCCAGUAUCAUCCUCCCAGGAUGGCAGCUCCUGGCCUGUCUCCUGCCUGUGCUGUGUCCACCCAGGACCCUGCCUGUCUCCAAGAGUCAGAAUUUCCUCUUUCUUCAACACACCAUUCCUGUUCCCAGGACUUAGACCUGUUUGUGUGCCAUGGUCUGGAGCCUCUCACAGGAGCCAGAGAUUCUAAUCAGGAAUCCGUGACUUUCCAGGACGUGGCUGUGGAUUUCACUGAGAAGGAGUGGCCCCUCCUGGAUCCCUCUCAGCGGAAGCUGUACAGAGACGUGAUGCUGGAGAACUACAGCAACCUGACCUCACUGGGGUAUCAGGUUGGAAAACCCAGCCUCAUCUCUCACUUGGAGCAAGAAGAGGAGCCCAGGACCGAGGAGAGGGGCACUCAGCAAGGGGCUUGUCCAGAUUGGGAGACACCGUCUAAAACCAAGUGGUCGGUUCUCAUGGAAGAUAUAUUUGGGAAGGAAACCUCUGGUGGUAUGACAAUGGACAGAGCUUGCCUUGCGGAGAAGUCGGCCGAAUACCAGCGCUUGUUUGAAGUCUUCAGCAUGGGCGCUCACCUCUCACAGCAGCUAGGGAGGCACGCGGGCAAGAGUCCCUACGCCCGCCACGGCUAUGGCGCGGCCUUCCGACCCAGGACGCACCUCUCGCAGCACGGGGGCGUGUACGACGGGCGGAAGAUGCACGAGUGUCACCAGUGCCAGAAAGCCUUCACCACCAGCGCCUCCCUCACGCGGCACCGGCGGAUCCACACCGGGGAGAAGCCGUACGAGUGCCGGGACUGCGGCAAGGCCUUCAACGACCCGUCGGCCCUCCGGAGCCACGCGCGCACCCACCUCAAGGAGAAGCCCUUCGACUGCAGCCAGUGCGGCAACGCCUUCCGCACGCUGUCGGCCCUGAAGAUCCACAUGCGGGUGCACACGGGCGAGCGGCCCUACAAGUGCGGCGAGUGCGGCAAGGCCUACGGCCGCAGCUGCCACCUGAUCGCGCACAAGCGCACGCACACCGGGGAGCGGCCCUACGAGUGCCAGGACUGUGGCAAGGCCUUCCAGCACCCCUCGCACCUCAAGGAGCACGUGCGCAACCACACCGGGGAGAAGCCCUACGCCUGCGCCUUGUGCGGCAAGGCCUUCCGCUGGAAGUCCAACUUCAACCUGCACAAGAAGAACCACACGGUGGAGAAGACCUACGCCUGCAAGGAGUGCGGCAAGGCCUUCGGGGACCUGGUGUCGCGCAGGAAGCACGUGAGGACGCACAGCGUGAAGAAGCCCGUGGAGUGCCGCCAGUGUGGGAAGGCCUUCCGCAACCAGUCCAUCCUGAAGACGCACAUGAACUCGCACACCGGCGAGAAGCCCUACGCCUGCGACCUGUGCGGCAAGGCCUUCAGCGCCAGCUCCAACCUCACGGCGCACCGGAAGAUUCACACGCAGGAGCGGCGCUACGAGUGCGCGGCCUGCGGCAAGGUCUUCGGCGACUACCUGUCUCGCAGGAGGCACAUGAGCGUGCACCUGGUGAAGAAGCGGGUGGAGUGCCGGCAGUGCGGCAAGGCCUUCCGCAACCAGUCCACGCUCAAGACGCACAUGCGGAGCCACACUGGGGAGAAGCCCUACGAGUGCGACCACUGUGGCAAGGCCUUCAGCAUCGGCUCCAACCUCAAUGUGCACCGGCGGAUCCACACCGGGGAGAAGCCCUAUGAGUGCCUGGCCUGCGGGAAGGCCUUCAGCGACCAUUCCUCCUUGCGGAGCCAUGUGAAAACCCAUCGCGGAAGAAGCUCUUUGCCUCCUCUGUGUGGAAGAGGUUGCAGUGAGCACUCAGACCCAAAGAAAGCUGCAGAGGCGAGAGGAAGUUGGGAACCCUUCACGGAGUUGCAUGUGUUGGCCAACGCCUGUGAUUCCACCCCUCAGGAAGCUAAGGCAGGAGGAUUGUGAGAUUGAGGACAGCCUGGGCUGCAUAGUGAGUUCAAGGCCAGCCUGGAUUACAUAGCAAUAUGUUGUCUCAAGCAAACCAAAUAAAACACGGAGUACAUGGAGUUUAUAAAUCCAGCUCGUGCAAAGUUUAGCAACUGAGCUGCUUCAUUUGGGCGAUCUAUUCAGAACUCACAUGGAGCAAGAGGAUGUGUAUGUGCCGUAGAGUCACCUUUGGGUACAUUGGGCUCUUAACACGAGAGAACUUAGGAAGAGAAACCCCAGUUUGGACUGGAUGUCAAAAUAACUUCAGUGGAUUUCUCCUGGGCACACCAGAGAGACUCUGUCUGCGGGGCAGCUGGGAAAGCCUUUCUUGGUCUCCCCAUGAUCCUCAUGAGUGAAAUCACCCAAGACAACUUUGCAAAGUGGGGAAGUCUACAAAAGCAGGACAGCGACCACGUCCAGCUGUCUAAUUUUGUACCACUUGUGAGCUAAGCACAGCCAUUCCAUUUUCGAAGGAAGCUUGUGCUGGAGACUGUAUGUGGCCCUUAGAGCCUAAGACACUGGCUAUCCACAGAGCAGCUUUGCCAAAACUUAAUCUGCAGUGUGGUUCUACCUGGGAGCAAUUUUGCCACCCAAGGAGACUUGGCAACAGCGAGAGACAGUUUUGGGUGAAGAAUGGGGGAGAGGUACUGCUGCUAUAUAGCAGGAGGAUUUUGGGGUGCUGCUGGAUUUCCUGCCAUCCUCACAGGAUGUGAGGGAGCCUCACAUUGUGAACCAUGUGCCCUAACGUAUCAGUCUCCCUUGGUGGAGAAGGAUCUCGACUCCUCCUCAGUUAGCAUCCGCAGUAAUCCUUCAGUCUCUGAUUCUCCAGGGCAGUCCUACUGGGAGAAAUUCAUUUUAAAAACUUGCAAUCAGCAACUUCAGAAAGUGUGAGAUGUACCCUGCUGGUGAUUUCUGUGUGGGAAGGGACCUCUGCCACCAUCCCCUGCUGCCUGUGUUCAGAUCUCACCGGGAGAGAAAUCCCAUCGUGUUCUCCGGAGUUCACAGUCUGAUCGUGAAAACAGACCCCAGUGCAUUAAUUUUCCCUUUUAUUUUUAACAUUGUGUUGUUCUCAGUAAUCCUUAGGCCUCAUCACAAAAGAUUUGUAUAUACUAUGUUUACCAGA